AUGGAGGCCGGCAGAGUGUUGGAACCCUUCCAGCUCAGCUCUCCACACAAAUGGGAAGAUUAUGCAGAGCGGUUCGAGUUCUAUGCAACAGCAAGGGGUAUUACAGACGCCGCCAAGAAGAGGGCCACAUUUCUCAGUUGUUGUGGCCCAGAGACCUUCGAGCUAGCAAAGGCACUGCUGGCACCAGUUAAACUACAGGAUGCCUCUUUGAGAGACAUCAUAGCCAAAAUGACUAGUCAUUUGGCUCCGACUGCAACCAAGAUGUCCAGGCGGGUCGAUUUCUACAAACGGCAGCAGCAAGCAGGGGAGCCUGCGGCAACGUUUCUAGCUGAGCUCCGGAAGCUUGCACAGCAUUGUGGGUUCUCCAACCUCGAGGAAAGCCUGAGAGACCGUUUUGUCUGUGGCCUCAGUAGCAGCAAGGCCCGCCGCCGCAUCAUCGUGAAAGAAGAGGUCACCCUUGCCUCCGCUCUGCAGGAAGCCAUUGCCACGGAAGCCACAGAGAAGGAAGAGUCCGCUGACGUAAUCAAGCCAGCGAAAGCACCGUUGAACACCACCCAUUUCACAGGAGACCCUGUAGCCAGUCCAGACCAGAGCCCCGUGCAAGGGGUUGAGUUGGUCCGCCAGAGUACCACUGCAUCCAAAAACCAUCACCCCGCUUGUGCCGGCUGUGGGGGAAACCACGACAGGAAAAAUUGUCGUUUCCGUGACGUCACGUGCCGGGCAUGUGGCCGGUUGGGCCACCUUGCAAGGGUCUGUCGUUCUGCCACCUCUGAUUCUGCAGUGUCCCCGAGAUCUUCGCACCGCAGAUCUGCAUCCAGCACUCACCUCGUUGAUGACUGCAACUACCUCACCGUAAUAAAUGGGAAGACCGUACCCUUCCCCGCACAGGAGAAGACAACCAUCCGGGUCCAGAUUGAAGGGCAUCCCUGCGACAUGGAAGUUGACUCUGGGUCAGGAUUUUCCAUGGUCUCCGACCGAACUGCCCGCUCCUUCUUUCCGGGGGGUAAGUUUCCCUCAUUGGAGACUUUUCCAGUCACACUGCAGUCAUACACGGCAGGCCGCAUUUCAAUUUUGGGAAUGUGCUCCGUCAAGGUACAGUUCAGAGCCAGGACAGCCGUACUGAAGCUUGUGAUUGCUAAGGGUAACCGUCCCAGUCUGUUGGGCACGGACUGGUUUCCAGCAUUGGGACUGGGGAUUUCGGGGCUUAAUUCUGUUACAGUGACUAAUGAAAACUUUGAUGUCUUGUACCAGGAGUUCGCAAUGCUUUUUGAUGGAUCCCUGGGGUGUUACAAGGGGGCCCCUAUUGAUUUUGCCCUUGAUCCAAGUAUUGCUCCCAUCCGGCUUAAGCCCAGGCGAGUUCCUUUCGCCCUUAAGCCAAAAAUUGAUGCUGAAUUAGAUAAACUUGUAGCCCAAGGGGUAUUAGAACCUGUUGAAUCCGCCAGAUGGGAGACCCCGAUUGUCACGCCCUUGAAGGCAAAUGGGGAAGUGCGCAUAUGCGCAGAUUACAAGUGUACAAUUAACAAAGCGUUACGGGGCAAUUCAUACCCUAUUCCAGUAGUUUCUCAGUUGUUGGCCACGUUAUCUGGGGGCACGGUAUUUGCAAAGCUUGACUUGGCUCAGGCAUACCAACAACUGUCAGUGUCAGAGCACUCUGCUGAAGCUCAGACCAUUGUCACCCACAAGGGUGCAUUUAGCGUAAAAAGGCUCCAGUUUGGGGUCAGUGUGGCACCGGGAAUCUUUCAGGGGCUUAUGGAGCGCCUCUUACGAGGGCUUCCGGGGGUAUUGCCCUAUUUUGAUGAUGUUCUUAUCGCUGGGAAAAAUGCUCAGGACCUGCUUGAGCGUGUCCGUGCUGUUUUAAUCAGAUUGCAGGAUGCGGGGCUUAAGCUUAAAAAGGAGAAGUGUGUUUUUGGGGUGCCCAAAGUCGAUUUUUUAGGGUACGAGAUUGAUGCAGCUGGCAUCCACCCCACAGCAGCCAAAACAAGGGCCAUUGCGGAGGCCCCUCGGCCAGGGAACAAAACAGAACUUCAGGCCUUCUUAGGCCUUCUCAACUUUUACCACACCUUUCUCCCUCAUAAGGCGACCAUUGCGGAGCCCCUCCACAGAUUACUGAUCACAAGCCCCUGCUAG